UGAAAAUCAAAAUGGCGUCCUCCUGCCAGCGGGAAUGUCAACAAUAACACAUUUUACGAAUUUAAGUAGUUUUCACUAGCCUUUUUCAAACCAGGUCGGAUUCUGUGAAACGAUGAGUGAGUUCAAGGUUCACCAUCAUGUCAAUGAGCUGAUGAACCAGCUGAAGGUGAGGUCGACAGACAAAGUGGGUCCAGAGGUCUACACUGAGAUGUUACUCAAGAAUACAACACCUUAUAUAACCACAAAUGUUUCAGCAAACCAAUCAAAGAGAAAGAUUGCAGAGGCAUCUAAGACACCUAUUGAAUUCCUGGCAAAAUAUGACGACCUUAAAUCCAAAAAUGUUCGGGAUCUGGACAUGCUGGUAUUCCUGCUGUCAAAGUUGGUGGAUGAAGAUCAGGUGAAAGAUGUUUUAGAGAGGACAUUCAAGGACAAGGCAGAUGCACAGGGGGCAACAACAGCCCCCCAUGAGAUCCCUGCCCAGCUCACAGCACCACAGGGGUCAAAAUUCACACCCCAGAAUGUCAUUGAGAUCCAGACCCAGCUCCGGAGGCUGAAGGAGGGACCAGCUGUCUCCCAGGUCACAUCAUCUGAGAUGCUGAGAAAGGCACUCCGGGAAAAACAAGUCCAGAGAAAUGUGAAUGUUCCCCACCAGCCAGACUGGUUGUUUCAGCGCAGUUGUCUCACCAUGGACUUCAUUGUCGGGGUGGAUGGACCUACUGACUCUAACAUUGUUCCACUGGGUAGCCUACCGACCAUGAUGCAGGAGCAUGCCAUCCUCGACGACAUUCUCUGUUGUAUGCAGGGGAUUGAAGGGAAAUACAUCCUAGCAAGGGCACUGACUGAGCGGUAUGCACCGAAAGAGUUCAUGAUUGACCAGAGUCUAGACUCUUCUUUACUGGAGAUGGUGAAAAGGAUUUUACCUCUUGCUUCAAAUUAUUCCACAGUGGUCAGAUUUAUUGAAGAGAAGUCAGCAUUUGAGUAUGGCCUGGUGAAUCACGCCCUUAGCUCAGCCAUGAGGACCCUGGUGAAAGACUACAUGAUGCUGGUCACACAGCUUGAACAACAGCUUAGAGUUGGAAAUUUGUCUCUACAGAAGUUGUGGUUCUACAUUCAGCCGUCCAUGAAAACACUUGACAUUAUGGCAUCCGUGGCCAACUCAAUCAACAGGGGUGAGUGUAUUGGUGGAGCCGUCCUCAGCAUGCUCCAUGAGAAGACCUCCAGCUUUAUAGGAGAUGUGAAAGGCCAGGAACUAUGUCUCUAUCUUACACAAUCUGCCUGUGUUCCUUACUUUGAGAUCCUCGAAAAAUGGAUUUACAAAGGCAUCAUAACUGACCCUUAUUCCGAGUUUUUGAUCGAGGAAAAUGAGACAAUACACAAGGAGAAGUUACAAGAGGAAUACAAUGAUCACUACUGGGAACACCACUACAGCAUCUGUCGAGAGAGGAUACCGGUCUUCCUGGAGCUGGUGGCUGUCAAAAUCCUUAACACUGGAAAAUACCUCAAUGUAGUCAGACAGUGUGGUCGUGAUGUAAAGUGUCCUAACGCUGAGGAGAUAGUGUACACGUUAAAGGAGAAGAAGUACUUUGAGCACAUAGAGCGGGCGUACGGAUAUUCCAGCAAGCUGCUGCUCAAUCUCCUCAUGGAUGAAAAGGAGCUCAUGGCUAGGAUCAGGUCGAUUAAGCAUUACUUCCUGCUGGACAAGGGGGACUUUAUCGUACAGUUUAUGGACAUGACGGAGGAUGAGAUGAAACAGGACCUUGAGAACAUACACCCUACACGCCUUGAGUCACUUCUAGAGCUCGCGCUUCGUACCAGCACAGCAAAUGUUGACCCAUUCAAGGACGACUUAAAAGUGGACUUGUUGCAGUUUGACCUGAUCACCCAGAUGUUUACCAUUCUCUCCAUAGAAACCAACAUGGAAGGAGACUACAAGAAAUUCAUAAGUGACCCAACAGACAUGCAUCUGUCUGGCCUCGAGUCAUUCUCAUUCGACUACGUCGUGAAAUGGCCCGUCUCUCUAGUCCUUAAUAGAAAGGCAUUAACAAGAUACCAGAUGUUAUUCCGGCACCUGUUCUACACCAAGCAUGUGGAGCGGCAACUGUGCAGUGUCUGGGUAGGCAACAAGACGGCCAAGAUGUACAGUAUUCAGUCAGCCCGCUGGUACUCAGCCGCGUUCGCCCUACGACAGCGCAUGCUGAACUUCGUACAGAACUUUGAGUACUACAUGAUGUUUGAGGUAGUCGAACCAAGCUGGCACAUCUUCCAGACCAACAUGCAGAAUGUAUCAAAUGUUGAUGAUGUGUUGGCGUACCACUCUGACUUCCUCAGUGACUGUCUCAAGGACUGCAUGCUCACCAACCCACAGCUUCUCAAGAUUGUCCACAAACUCAUGAUGGUCUGUGUUACCUUUUCCAACUUCAUCCAGAAGAUGCACAUAGAUUUGAAGAGACUUGGUCACACAACAGAGGUUCAGAUGAAUGACUUACUGGGGGAUUCUGGGAGCAGGGACAGGUCACGAACAACUGAAAAACACAAACAAAAGGCCAAGGUAUUGUCAGAGCAUGUAGAUGACUUGGUAAGGAACGAGAAUUUUGAACGAACAAUCGGCAACUUUGAUUCCAACUUCUCCCGUCUCCUCCUUGAACUCCUGGAUAAAAUCAUGGAGUUUACCACCAGUAAUGAGGGAGUCAAACUCCUCAAUAUUCUCUAUAGACUGGACUUCAAUGGUUUCUACACAGAGAAACUGGAGGCUAUGUCUGCGGAGAGAGCCGCUGCCACCCUGGACACAUCUGCACACAGCUCAGAGUCAAUUUCAGCCCAUUAGGCGAGGUGAAAAUGGUUCAGGAUCGUGGCCAACAUCUACCUUCACAAUGACAAGACCAGAGAAUGCGCGAUACGUGCCGGGCAAACACUUGCAACAUCCCCCAUCAACCUCGGGAUCUAUUAGUUGAUACUGGUUAUGCUUAACAUUGUUGAUGGACUGAAAUGAUGACAGUUACGAAUCUCCUUGUUAAAGUAAAAAGAACUGACUUGUUUUUGAGUUUCAUUCAUUUCAUUUACCCGAUGACAUGUUACUUGAAUUUUUAAAUGACAUAUCUUCUGUUCAACUUCAAAAAUAAUAAAUUUCCCUUUUACUCGUAUAUUUUUAGGAUUUAUUUGUUAGCUCAGUGUUUAACAUUCAUAAAAGCUAUAGCAACUGGGUAGCAUCGGGUGUUUUAUCACAGAUCAUAGAUGAAAAUAUGUACAUAUAUUCUUGUAUAUUUAUCCUGUAUCCUGUAUGUGUUUGUAGAAUUUUGAUACAUUGAGACUAAAGCUUGUUAAUCAAAAUGAAAGAUCAAAUAAACAAUGCUUAAUACCUCAA